AUGGUUAGGUGGCUCUCUCGAUUCUUCCAUUUCCUGGAACGCUACCUUAUUGCCCGAAAGUCACUUCCAUCCCUUACUGAAGUUGCACUCGCUUGCUUCCGUGAUCAGGUCUACCAGGAAUUAAAGGCAAGAGUAAGGAAUGCUGUAAUUUCUUUGAUUGACCAAGAAAGUGAAGGAGAGCAGAUUGAUCGAGCUCUAUUGAAGAAUGUUUUGGAUAUUUUUGAUGAGAUUGGGAUGGGGCAAAUCGAUUACUAUGAACAUGAUUUUGAACCAGCCAUGCUUAAAGACACAGCUGCCUAUUAUUCUCGAAGAGCUUCAAAUUGGAUUCUAGCAGAUUCUUGUCCAGAUUAUAUGCUAAAGGCAGAGGAAUGUUUAAGACGGGAGAAAGAUCGAGUUUCUCAUUACUUGCACUCUAGUAGUGAGCCAAAGCUGCUGGAGAAAGCUCAACAUGAGUUGUUGUCUGUGUAUGCAACCCAAUUUCUUGAGAAAGAGCACUCUGGAUGCCAUGCUUUACUUAGAGAUGAUAAGGUAGAGGAUUUGUCUAGAAUGUUCAGUCUCUUUUCUAAGAUUCCUAAAGGCCUCGAUGUUGUGUCUAAUGUGAAGUCCAGCCGCACCACCACUGCACCGACAGUGUGAAGACUGCACAGCCAUCAUUUUUGACACCACUGCACCGACAGCCACCAUUUUUGACAAUGGCCAUUGCUGCACCGAAAAUGGAUUGUUCAACAAUUGUGGGCUCUGCAGAGGCUGUUGAAGAUUGUGGCCAUGCAACCGACCUUAUAAGCCUAUAAAUAGGCUCCAUCUCGUUGUAUGCAAGCCAAGCCAAGAGAGCAAGCUCAAUAUUAUCUCAAGUGAGGAAUAUUGAGAGAAAACUCCGAGAGAGAGAGUGUUUAAGUUCCAGAGAGAGCUUGAGAGAAGAGUGAGCAAAUUUCAGAGAGAGUUUGACAGUAAGGGGAGAGAUUCCACGUGAGAAUCCAAGAGAGAAGUUUUUGUAUUUUUGUAUUCUAUUUCCAAGAGAGUAAUAGAAUUCUUUUUAUUUUUCUUCUCAUAUUUCUUCUCUAAAGUGGUCGGAGAACCAUAACAAGUGGUA